AUGAUGUUAGGCCUUCUGAUACCUGUCGAUGACGUGUCGCCGCCGCCUCCUACAGCUGACGCUGAUGACCAGCAACGCCUCCAAAUGAUUGCAGUUAUUAUGGAUAACUUCAUGGAUUUGAUAAACUCAUAUGGCGAGGUUUAUACUAUAUUAUCUCGGGUUGCACACAUAGCCCGUCAUAAUGCUAAUGUGAGUGCAAUUUCGUUGAGAUCCGGGAAGGUAACAGAACCAUCCCCAGAAAAAAAAAAUCUUGAGGUAACACCUGAACCUUCUUCCGUUGUGGUAGAAAUUGAACCCUCUGUUGUGGUAGAAACUGAAAAAGAAAAAGAGAAGGAGUAUGUGCCACCAGUUCCUUUCCCACAUAGAAUAAUGAAAAAUAAAAGGACUAAUGAUGGAGACAAUGAGAGAGAAAUUUUAGAUGUGUUCAUAAAAGUGGCGGUAAACAUUCCGCUUCUUGAUGUUAUUAAGCAGGUUCCGAAGUAUGCAAAAUUUCUAAAAGACUUGUGCACAAGUAAGAAAAGGUUGAAGGGCAAUGAGAGAGUAAAUUUGGGACGAAACAUUUCAGCCCUUAUCCAGCCUAAACAGGCCAUACCCCAAAAGUGCAAGGAUCCAGGAACUUUUUAUAUUCCAUGUACCAUUGGGAUACAUACAGGUUUAAUCAUUCAACUAGUGAACAAAAGUAAUGCUCUCCCUAUUAGAGUAGUGGAAGAUGUGCUUGUUCAAGUUAAUGACUUGAUUUUUCCUGCAAAUUUCUACAUUCUAGACAUUGAAAUACAGAGGAAUGACGGGACUAUUGCAGGUAGAGCGACAUAUAGAGCGGCAUACCAGACUAUGGUUGUUGAGGCUGAGUCUUCCAAUAUACGGGUUGGACGGAAAGAUGUGACACAUGUUGCUGUUGAGAUUGCUAAUGAAAUGGUCCAGCCAGAUGCCCCUAUUACAGAUGUUCUUGUUGAUGAUGAGGUGGCUGUCACAUAUUCGGUCUCAUCUGCUACUACUUACAUAGAGGUUGCGACUCCAUCGACGAAGCCGUCUGUGCACACUAAUGGAGCAUUUCCGGGAGGACCAAUUGAUUGGCUGAUGCUUAAAGAGUAUGUUAACCAUGUCGCAUACCGACUACGACAGGGAGAGGAUCUUCUCAUGUUGAAGGUGACCUUCCACAGGUCGAAGAUGAAGAACUUCCCGAAGACUCUGAUGCCUGAGCAGGUCUGA